AUGUUGAUUCUGGAUAUGAUGUUGACUCUGUCCUUUCAAAAAAGAAAGAAAAAACUUGGAAUAGAGGGAAAAGACCUCAAAGCAACUCCCUUCCUUCUUACUAAGUCCUCUCAUCCCUUCCAGCCAAGGAAAUCGUGCUUGAUUUAUUUCCAUGGAAUUACAAGUGAGAGACACCUUGAUGACUCGGUGGGCCAAGCAGGAGACUCGGGGUCCGCUCUCCUGGUCCUUCCUUGCCUCCGUGGGCCUUUCAGCGUCUUAGUUUACACAUCUGCCAAAGGAGUAGAGUUAAUACUUCUUUUUACAGGUAAAUUUCAAGGCAUGAUCAGUUUUCAGGAAGUGCUUCAAGACCCCAGGUGA